CGACGUGAGAUCUCAGCAGGGUUAAUCAAGGCACUGACCUCACUUACGCAAUCGACCCGCGUGAUCCUAAGUCAGCGGAUGAAACACUCCAAUGGUGUAACUCCAUCUGCAUAUCUUCGUGCUCUGUGCAAUGUUUACUCAAUUAGGAACACAUAGGGUGCUCCUGUUGAUUUUUUCAUCGUAGGACGACGAGAACAGUCGUGCUAGACCGAGGGAAGGAAGAGGCGAGUAUGCUCUUUCGCCUACGGAAGCUGUCUGUACACUGAGUGAACGCCACAACUUCGCGCGUUCGUCCGGCGGGUGAAAAAAACGAAAAGUAGCAAAAGACGCAGUUGCAUGUGUUAAUUCAUCUUUUCCUUUUGUGUCUCAUUUUCAUUGCCACCGCUUUACUUCUGUCCUUGCCUGUUUUCUUUCACAGAGUUGUACUGGCCGACCGGCGGCCGGUUGCUUUUUCUCUUUUUUGUCCGUUUGAGAUGCUGUGUGAACUAAUCCAGUCUCCGCAACAGGCCAGUCUCUGUUGAACUAUUUAUAACAGAACGGACGUCUGUGAACUGGAACUGUUAGAAAGCGCUCCUUUUCCCAGUUUCCUGAGUAGCAGAGCCGCUAGCUCCUAGAGGCCAUCGCAAAACCCCGUCCCGUUCGGAGUGACCGGGUGGAACGAAGGCAAAAUUUUUGCCCGCUUGCCGGUUUUGGCAUCUUCUACCAUUUCUGUUCUUCCACGAGACUAGCUUUAUUCGUUGCUUCGUUCUCGGAGGCCACUUCGUGCUUGUUUCUAGUGUAGGGAACAGGGACUUCCGCGUCAGCGCUGAGCACCAGGCCCCUGCUCAGUGACGUGGAGAAAUUCUUCGGGAAGGGAUAAAGUGACAGUCACUUCAAUUCAUGAAAAAUUGGGUUUGGGAGAAGUUUCCCGCAUUUUAUUUCGAUGAGAUCGUUCGAAUUGAGGCUAAAGCGUCCCUUCUUUUUCGCUAGCCACAUCUUCCGUAGACCACCUCGAGCAUAUCAAAGACAUACUGGUUUUCGUCGCGUUACCUAAGGGAACACUUGAAGAGGUCUCGAGCACGAGUGGAAAGAAAUUGACGCAAAGCAUAGUCUUCGCGGUGAAGGAACAGUGGCGUUACCAGGUGCUGCUGUUCAGAGCACACACUCAAAUCAGCCGGUUCUUACCCGGCGCGAUGGCUGCGACGGUUUUGGCCACAGAAACCCAGCCACGAUCAACGAGCGAAGUUUCCACUGAAGGAGAGGCCUUGCCUGGAGCAAGGAUGGCGGCUGUCGUGAGUGAGGAGAGCAUCCAAAAGGUUCUUAGGGAAGAUGACGCUGGCCCGUCGGAUUCUGCUCCAGCGGCAGCGUGGGAUAAGUCUGAGGAGCUCGAAAUAGAGGAUAACAGUGAGACAACCUCUCCGCAAGAAGGGAAAGGUAGUGAACACGAGGGCGGUGCAGAUGCCCCUGCAGCGGAGGCGGAAGCUAAAGGUGUGAAAGGGGGAAAAAUUGGUGCCGGGAGAGACGAGGCGUGUUCGUCGACAGAGAGGAGAAAGGAAACACACAGGGAUAAGGAAACCGAGUCGGCCACAGAUGCUGGAACAACUGUAGCUCCAUCCGACACCCAGUCCAAUGCACAUGUUCCGGAGAAACGCAAGGACCUCGGCGCCGACAAGAGAGAGGAAAGUUCUGCUGGCGCCACUGUAGUUACGCCAGAGGUAGGGGAGCCUUCAGGGACCAAGGUUGACAUAAGUCGUGAAACUUGCCAGAAGCCAGUGGGCUCACAGGUUGCAUCAGAUUCGCUGGACACGAAGAGUAGGGAAGCCGGUGACGAAGAGCGGGGGAGUUCUCAAGAGCAACAGCGUCGGAAAGUUUCGCCUUUGAAAGAUGCAGAGACACAAGAAGCUCCAGCUGAUUCCCAACGUACCACGAAUCCCCACUCACCAAGCUUGGAUUUAAGGGGUGAAGUGGAGAUAACCGAAUCUGGAGAGACUGCGGAAGCAGACCAAGAUACAGACAUCAGAGCCGCUACCGAGGCGACAGACAAGUCUCGUGCCACAUCUUCAGGCGAGAAGACCACGGCAGCGACUGGAGAGAAGAAACUGAGGAGGAAGAAGAAGGAGAAGAAGACGGUUUUUGAAAGCAUACCAGAGCCGUCGAAGGCUCAUACUGGCUGUCGGGCACCGCCUCUUGCACGAAAAGAUUCGCAGACUGUGUUCGUGUCAGAGCCUGUAAGCCAGAGUGUAGCCCAUUUCCGCGCAUGUGAAAAGGCGCCAGAAAAACAGCAUCUCCAGACGGUUUUCGAGUCUCAGAGGGCAGAGAAAAGUACGGCGCAUGCUCGGGCUGGCGAGAAGCUUGCAGACCGGAAGGACGGCCGAACGGUCUUUGAGUCGCAGAAGUCACUGACAAGUACUGCAGAUUUCCGGGCUGGCGAGAAGCUUGCAGACCGGAAGGACGGCCGAACUGUCUUUGAGUCGCAGAAGUCACUGACAAGUACUGCAGAUUUCCGGGCUGGCGAGAAGCUUGCAGACCGGAAGGACGGCCGAACUGUCUUUGAGUCGCAGAAGUCACUGACAAGUACUGCAGAUUUCCGGGCUGGCGAGAAGCUUGCAGACCGGAAGGACGGCCGAACGGUCUUUGAGUCGCAGAAGUCACUGACAAGUACUGCAGAUUUCCGGGCUGGCGAGAAGCUUGCAGACCGGAAGGACGGCCGAACUGUCUUUGAGUCGCAGAAGUCACUGACAAGUACUGCAGAUUUCCGGGCUGGCGAGAAGCUUGCAGACCGGAAGGACAACCGGACUGUGUACGAGAGCGAACCCAAGGAGUCCGCAGCAAGUGUUAGAUACGGCAUGGAGCUGAGGAAAACUAACAGCUCGGCGAGCGUGAAGACGGUGUUCGAGAGCCAACCACUUCAGUCUAGAGCUAGUUUUAAAUACGAUACGAGCCCAGAAACUGUUGGUACGGGUCCUACGGUGUUCGAGAGCCAGCCGACUUUAACGCGCGCAUCAACGUCGUGGAGAGAUCGCAAGACAGAGUCUGCUGUGACGACUGUCUUCGAGAAUCAGCCCAAGACCGUACGUGUGGAUGCUUCAGCAAAUCGCCCUCUCUCGUCGAGCAGCAGCGAGUACGAGACUGACACGGACGAAGAUGAUGACGAAGAGUAGACUAUAGGUCACAUUUGCCGUAAAUGACGAGAAGAUUUUUUUGUCAACUUCCAGACGGAAGUCGUGGCAGGUCAUACGCGCGGUCAUCCGAAUCUGCUUCUCGGUCACGAUGUGCUUUGAAGGCAGGUACUCAUUUAACCUGCGUUGCCCCUCGCGUUUGACAGGGCCUUCCUCAUGACGGCCUUACGAGGUUGCCCGCGCCGGGCGUAUGCUCAUCAGUUGGUUGCGUCCUGUAAACAGUUUGCUACCGGUGAUACUCGUUGGAUGAAGCACGUAUUCUGGACACUGUUCUCGAUGCAUGCACUGCGCAGGAGCUGAUAGUGUAGAUAGGUGGAUCCCUGUCGGCCUUUACCAGUCUACAGUGCUGCAUCUACGUUUAGCCAUGCAUACAUAUACUGUAUGUAUUGCGUCCUAUGCAGAUGAGUGAAGCGAAGUGGCCUGCUGGCUACGUAUAUCCGGGGAGCACUUGAAACCGGGCAAGGGGAAAAGGGGGGGCGGGCGGGAGGAAGGUGGGGGUUGAGUUUGAGCCUGCUUCUCUGUCAGUUACAGUUUCUGUUUUUGUCUUCUGUACGCUGCGUCGAACCUCUUUGUGCUCUCACAAGGGUGUAUGGAACAGUACUUCUACACGACGUGGACUCAUUUCCGCUGAUCUCGCGUUCAUGCAGUUAGCUCCUCAUUUUUUCAAGCAAACAACUUGCCGAUGAGAUGGGCAAGGAAGCCCAUUCAGCAAAACUUCUGUAUUUGUACGUGAAAAAAAGAGAUGGUGCUUCAUUCAUUUUUGCACCUCAGUUGCGGCAGUGCCUCAGGCUGUGGAAGAAGUCAUGUAAGCCACCGCGCCAGGGGUGCAGAUGGUAACCGUUUUUGGCCCGCCGCCAACAGGCUGUCUUCU